AGAAAAAAAACAAAGAAUGGAACUUGGGGAUUCACCUGAAGAGAGAGCUUGUGGGGCUUGAGUUUGAGAGACCCAAAUGGAAGAAGAGAGUGAGAAUGCGAGAGAUAAACUUGGCCAUGCAUUUGAAGAAGUGGAGAUGAAGAAAUUGUGGUUUGGAGAAGCAUUUUUUUCAGUUUGCUCACUGUGCGAACUGCGAACUAUCGACCAUGAAUUUGGGUUCUCAAAGGUGAGAAGGGAAAUACGGAGCUGCUGCGGAGGAUAAGCCUACUCUACUCAAAGAUGUCACUUUCCGGUGAAAAACAAGAUAAUUUUCUGUAAUGUUUCGUUGGAAUGGUUUCAGAGAUGGAAGGUUUGCAUGGAAUGUAGAGGAAGCAACUGCAAGCGCUGUGCAAGAAGCAUGGCGUGCCGGCGAAUUUGACGAAUCGUCAAAUGGCCGAUAGGCUUACUUUGCUUCUUAAGGAAGAAGGAAAUCCCAUAAUCCAAGGUCAGUCAUGCUCGAAUGAUUUGGGGAAAAUAAGCAGUGAAAAUGAAUCUAAGGUUGUGUAUAAAAAUGCGAAGAAAGUUACGUUUAGUCCUGAGAAUGAAACAUUUAUAUUUGUAGGUUCGGGCUUGGAUUCAGAUUUGGAUAAAGACUACACUCCGGUGAAGAAACGAGCGUGCAAGACAAGGUCUACAGUGAAUCCUGUGCCGAAAAAGCAGGUUCAAGUUGUUAAAAAUGCAGGGGAAAUGGCAGUCUCUGGGAAACUUACGGAUGGACCGGUUAGAAUUGCAAGGUCUAGAGCGCAAGACGUGGUUCAAGAAGAUGCGGUGCCAUUUGUUCCGAAGAAGAGACCGAGAAGAUGUGCAAAGGUUGAAGGUAUGGAGGUGAAAGAUGUUGGGGUUAGUGAUAAACUGCCUCCGGAUGUAGUUUUGGGUGAUAAUGUUGCUGGUGUUAUAAAUGCUCAUGAUAUGGUAACGAGAGGUUCGAGGAAGACGAGGAAUGCAAGAGGUAAUGAUGGGGUUGUUUUGUUGAAUGAAGACAAAGGUAAUGUGGGAGAAGGUGCUGAACAUGAGAAAAUGGCUAAACGAUCAAGACGGAAUGUGACGAAGGAGAAAGGAUCUGCUGCACUGAGUCAGGAAAUGGAGAAAGUUGAAAUUGUUGGUAAGAUGACAAGGUCCCAGACUCAGCUUGAGGGAAAAGCUUCUGCAGUUGCUGGUGGAACUAAAACUGUUGAGGUUCAGGAAGAAUGUGAAAGGGUUCUUCAACUUGAAGAACCUUUGAGGGUUUAAGUAGAGAAGGUUCGAAGCGGAAA